AUGACAGGGCUUCGGUCGUGGGGUACCAUGUCCAGGAGUCAUCAAUGGGGAACCAAGAUCCAGCCACGGCACGACUUACAAGCGUCCCUGGAAAGGGGCCGAACAUUUCUGUCGCCGUCGACGGGAAAAUCGUCGAGGUUAUUGAUCAGAUUCAUAUGUGUACUACCAACGCCCUUCUUUCGCACCCGCUUGUUUCGCCUGUUCUCCAACCUUCUCUCGGCGGCCUCACACCUCUCCAAGCCCGCAAAACACAUGUACCGCUCUACAGCGCAAUUCAGCGCCUGGGAACUUGCCCGUGCCCAAAAGCGUGAAAUAGAAAGCCUCGACGACGACGCUGUGAGCGUGAUAUCGCGAUCCACUUCCGAAGAUGGCGUCUCACCGAUCGAAAACGAGCUGGCAAAAGGCGCAGUGGGUAAGGCAGGCGACCCAUUACCGCCCUUCCAUCACCAUAUGAUCCAGCACCGCGUAGACCGACACGGAAACAUCUUCGAGCUCGCGCAUGCGUCCGAAUUGCCGGGUUGCACGAUGCCGCGCGAGGAGAUCGGGAGCGUCAAGCCCGGUCCGGCGCGCCGCUGGAUGGCGGCGAAGGCGAAAUUCGACCAGCGCUUCGCGCGGGAGAAGCGGAAGAUGCAGAGGCGGCGGAUUCGCGAGAUGGGCGAGGGCUACGAGGUGUUUGUCGGAGAAACGCCUCCUCCGAGUGCGCUGGCAGGGCGCAGGGUGAAGGGCAAGGAGGCUGCGGAGCGCAAGAGAAAGACGGGAUGGGGUCUGGGUAUGUGGAGUUUGUGGGGCUCCGAGCAUGAUAAGCAGACUAUCCAGCGAGAGUUGAAUGCCACGAAUGUGGAUACGGCGGCUGCUUCCCCGGAUGAUGGGGCGGGGGCGGCGACACGAGGUGAUGCGCUGGGAAAAUCGUCGCUGCCUGUGAUUACCGAUGCGAUUCACCUUGAAGAGCGGGAGCACUCGCGGAGCCGUAGCAACUCGCGCAGGGUUUCGGUAAUGGAUCGGAAUCAGACGGGGGAGCGGGAUGAUGUGGAUGAGGAUACCCCCGCUGCGGACCUGGUAGCCAUGCAGCAGGGGCCGAAUGAGAGGGCGGUGGUGAAUCAGUAUCUCACGCCUGAGUUUGCGGCUAGGAGGGGGGCGGCGGAUGGCGCGGGGAGAGGGGAGAGGGAUGGGAAGCCGGUGAGGCCGAAGGCGGGGGGGAAGGCGUUUCCGUUUAGUGCGAGGGGGGCGGAGGGGGAGAGGCCGGAGAGUGCCGCGAGUAUGGCUACGCUGAUUAGUGAGAUGGGGGUGAGGCCUGUGGGGGAGGUUGAGCAGUAGAUAUUGGGAAGGUGUGUAGGAUUAUACAGUGUGAAUGUCAGAUACCAAAAUCUGUUGUAAAUGUUGAAAUAUCACCAUAAACUUCUUGGUGUCCCCUUUGUGAUGCGGUGGAAAUAUGAGAUUCUCAUAUUUCCCCACCUUGUUCCGGGCUUGGAUAUGCGGAGAUAAACCGGCAUAGCAAUUUUUUUUUCGUUCCCUUUCGCUAUAUAUUGUAACAGUUUGCUUUGUCCACGCUGUAUAUUUGCAAAGCCCAUUAAUUCAAAUGCUUGUAAACCAAUAUCGAGACAGUAGGUUGCAUGCACGUUUGUAGGCAAAUGCCAAGACGUGAUUGGUCUUGGCACGUGCUCUGGAAACGUAAAAGUUAAUCGCCACGUGACGACGAUAAGCCUUGUUUGGC